UAUCUAAUAUCAAGGAAGAGGACAGAUUCUAUCCUUUCUCCCUCCCACCACUGGCUCAGCGGUUCAUUGGCAAUUCAUUCAAUGUCCCGGAAACAUCCCAGCUUGCUGUUUCAGCCACGGAGUGCCGAGUUGCCAAAGUGGCCACUGCAGGUACAGCCACUGUCAGGAGAGAGAACCGAUGGGCAGGUAGAAUUCUUCCUUCAGUGCUGCCUCCAAGUCUGCCACAUGUCUUUGACAUUGCCAGGGAUGGCAGUAGAGGGAACCAAUAAGUGUCCAGUUGCCAGGGAAACAACCAAUGAUGUGUCCACUCACCUCAAAGAGGACAUGGCAGCUGAUCAAAGCCCUCCUGACCCUGCAGCACUGCCUCCAAGCUCACCAUGUAUCCGUGACUCUGACCACAAACUGACCAAGGAGGAAAAAGAGGAUGUACCCGAGUCCUACGUUGCCACAGAGAUCACUGUAGGCACAUCCAUUGUCCAGGGAGAGGACCUGGAUAAAAGCCCUGCUCCAAGGCUGCCUCCAAGCUUGUCACACGUUUUGGACAAUGACCAUAAGCAGCCAGAGGAGACGAUAGAGGGCACCACUGAGUGCUCAGUCGCCGCAGAGGCAUCAGUUGCUAAUAGAGAGGAUCCAUCAGCAGCUACAGAUCUUCCCUCAGUGCUGCCUUCAAGCCUGCAACUUGUCUUUGACAAUGACUACAAACGGCCAGAGGAGGCAGGAGAGGGCACCAGCAAGUGUCCAGUUGCCAGUGAAGCAGCCGCAUCUGUGUCCACUGUCCUCCAAGAGGAGGUUUUGGCUGAUAAUAGUCCUCCUGCACCCACAGCACUGCCUCUAAGGCUGCCCUGGACCCACAAUAUUGACCACAAACAGCCAGAGGAGACUGUUGAGAACACCACAGAGUGCUCAGUUGACAUAGAGGCAUGUACAGUUGCAUCCACUGUCAAGAGAGAGGAACUGAUGGGUGAUAAAAGCCCUGUCCAUGCACUUCCUCCAAGCCUGGCAUGCAUCCAUGACAAGGACCACAAGCAGCCAGAUCAGAAAGGGAGGGGCACUACUGUGGAGGUGGAUAUCUGCCCUCAUGCUCACCAGCUGGUCUCAGAUGCUAAAUUAACUCUGGCAACCUGCAAUGAUGAGCCGCCCACCCCUCUGAUCUGCGUGGUCACUAAGAUGCCUGUUAGAGUUGGAGCCUCCAUAUGCAGGUCAGAGGAUGAGGAACCCAGGCCCUGGACCCUGGAAGAGGCAAAGGAUUAUUGGAUAGGCAUUGAAAAUGAGAGUGAAGAGAGGAACGUCACUGAGGAGGUGAGCCCAAGGGAGGGAUUGAAGAGUGAGGCGGACUGUGUCCAUUCCAAGUGCUCCAAUGGGACAGUUUCAUCAGAGAGAGCAGAGACCAUCCUGGGAAGAGUGGGCUUUCUGCUCAUGAACCAAAUUCAGAAAAUCCCGUUUUUGAAGAUGGAGGAAAAAGAGAAAAAUAAGAAACUGAAUAAGAAGUUGAAAGAUAAAGAGAGAAAGGAGAUGAAACACAAGGAGGCGGAGCAAAAAAAGAGAGAGAAGAAAGAGAUGAAGGAGAGAGAGAAAGAGCAGAAGAAAGUCAUGAAGGCUGAGAAGAAGAGGGAGAAAAUUAAGAAAGAGAAGAAGUGUUCUGAGGAGCUGAAAAAGAGAGAGAAAGCUCAAGCUGAGUUCUUGGAGAUGGAGAGAAAGAUUCAAGAAAAGAUGAGCAAAGAGGAGAGGAAGAGACUGGAGAAGAAGAAGAAGAGGGAGCCAGCUGGAGGUGGAACUGAGACGGUGAUAGAAGAGCAGGGAAGGGAUGAAAGCUUGAAGAUGGAUGAGUAG